AUGUGGAAAGCAGCAGUGUUUGUUUUCCUGCUGCUAAGCAUGGAUAUGCGGGUGAAUGGUGCUGUAGAUAAGACGAGGCGGCCCGUAGCAGAAAACUCCAUACGAGAGAAGAAGGUAAAGACAGAAGAGGCUGAAUCCAACAACAACACUCCUGCGACUGACACGGCUUCUUCAGGUUUCCUGGGGAACUUGCUGGUGGUACCCAUGGAUGGGAGUCACUGGGUGGGUAUGAAGGCCAUUGCCCAAGAAAUGGGUCGCCGUGGACACCGGGUCACCGUGGUGAUACCAGAGAUCAGCAUACGGAUGGGUCCCGGGGAACACUACGACACGGUGACCUAUCCUGUCCCUUAUGACAAGACUUAUAUUGAUCAAGUCAUGACCAUGAACAAGGACGUGUUACAACAAUUGCCACAGUCUUUCACGGAGAAGAUAAUGAAAAAAUUCUCACAAAUCCAGAAAAUAUCAGGCUUCAUCCACACCACAGCAGAGAGUCUACUGUUCAAUGCAAGUCUGAUCUCACAUCUGGCACAGCAGAAGUUUGAUGCCGUCCUAACAGACCCCAUGGUGCCCACAGGCUCACUAAUAGCUUGGAAAUUGGGUCUCCCCACUAUAAAUUUGCUGAGGGGGAUUCCGUGUUCCUUGGAUAUGAAGUCUGCGAGCUGCCCCUCCCCGCCCUCAUAUGUGCCCCGCUUCUUCACCAGAAACACAGAUAAAAUGAGCUUCAAGGAGAGAGCUUUGAACACUUUGGUGGCUUUAUUGGAGCCGCUGCUAUGCCGACUGCUGUACUGGCAGUUUGACAAUAUGGCCUAUCAGUUCCUCGGAGAGGAAGUGGGUGUAGCUGAAGUGUUGUCAGAAUCUGCUAUCUGGCUGCUGAGGCUCGACUUCACACUGGAGUUCCCACGUCCAGUCAUGCCUAAUAUGGUGCUGGUUGGCGGAAUAAAUUGCAACGUGAGAAAUCCUCUGCCUGAGGAUUUGGAGUCAUGGUUGUUAGGAGAACAUGGCUUUGUAUUGUUCACUCUGGGCACUAUGGUGUCAGACCUGCCAGAAGCGAUGACCUCCGUCUUCCUAGAAGCCUUCAGACAGAUUCCACAGAAGGUGAUAUGGAGAUACACUGGGCAGGUUCCCGACAAUGUCCCAGAGAAUGUGAUGUUUAUGAAAUGGGCGCCUCAGAAUGACCUGCUAGCACAUCCUGGAGCUCGGGCCUUCAUCACACACGCCGGCUCACACGGUCUCUUUGAGGGACUGUGCCACGCAGUUCCCAUGGUGAUGGUGCCACUUGGGGGGGACCAGCCUGACAACGCGCAGAGGUUGGCGAGCAGAGAAGUCGGAGUCGUGUUGGAUAUUUAUACGAUCACCACAGAAAGCCUUCUUCAGGGACUGAAUGAGGUCAUCAAUGACACCAGGUACAAAGAAAACGUGCAGAAGCUCUCAGCUCUCCAUAAAGACCGGCCUGUUGACCCUCUCGACCUUUCGGUGUACUGGACAGAAUUUGUGAUGCGGCACAAAGGGGCAAAACAUCUCAGAGCUGCAUCGCAUGACCUCAACUGGAUCCAGUACUUCUGCCUGGAUGUAAUAGUGCUACUGGCUACUGUAGUGCUGCUUUUUGUAACCCUGACAGUAAAAUGCUUGAAGCUAUUCCUUCGGAUAUUGAGCAGGAAGAGAAAGCAGGACUAAUGGUGCUACAUGUGCACCUUCAACUCAGCAAUAAAACUUUUCCUUUUUUUCUAAAAUGGUUUAAAGAUGUUACAGGGUGUACGAAUAAUAAGGGAAGCCAUG